GUGACAUCAGUAUAAUUAGAGAUGGAUAUUCUACCGAACAGCACAGGUGAGGCCAAAGUUGGCUCUACCUGGUACACCUGUACGUACAUUAACGCUACCUAUGGAAAAUCAUCCUGCUGGGAGCUGGAUAAAUGCAAACCAAUGACCGUUUUUCUGCAGGUUUUAUCCAUAUUUGGGAUGUUAUCUAACUUAACAGUUUUUAUUGUAAUAUGUGCUGAGAAACGGCUCCACAAACCGCUGUACACCGGUAUAAGAAUGUUAACCAUUCCCGAUGCUUUAUUUUUAAUGUGUAGAUUUCUGAUAUUCACUUUUACAGGCAUGCCAAACAAAGUUUUUCUUGCAAUAAUUUAUUUAUUUUUAUCCUCCGUUUUUUCAUCCAUCGGGCACGUGAUACUUCUCUCUGUACAACAGUACCUUAUGAUUGCCUAUCCAUUAAAAAGUUUGGUGUGGAUGAGAAGCAAACGAGUCCUGAUUGUCUCAGCAAUUAUUUGGAUAUUUGCUGCAAUCCUGUCGUUUCCGUACGUCUAUUUAACAUUCCUGACAAAGAAGAAAGAGGCAGCAGCGUCAUUAAACCUAGUGUACACUGUUCUUUUAACUGUUGGACCCAUUUGUGUACUAGGCCUUUUACACACAAUGAAAAUCAUAGCGUUGAAGAAAUCGUUGGUGAACAACAGGAAUAAAACGACUAGAAAAGUGUCCCAGAUCAUAUCAAUAGUGAUAGGUGUAUAUGUGAUUACAACCACGCCCAUCAACGUCCGAGAUAUCAUCGAAAUGUCUGUUUGUCAUAUGACUGACGUAUGGUUUAUUGUUCUUGGACACAUUGGGCGAACACUUCUUUUGGUAAACUAUUCUAUUAAUCCUUAUAUCUACUUUAUCAGCACACCCCAGUUUCAAAGAGCACUUUGCAGAUGUUGUGGAUAUAAAAGCGAUUUGCACACUGGAUCUAGGACUAAUACACAAACCGAAUCCGCACAUAUAUCAUCGGUAAGGUCUGCAAGUUCAUCAGUAAGUUCGUCUUCUGUUAGGUCCGAGCCUUUACCUAAAAUCUCUCUAUCCUCUGCAAUCCAUUAUUGUACUCACCUAUGAUCACCUUUCUGAAAGGAUGAUGACCGAACCUGCGGUUAACUUCGAAGGACGCUUUGCAAAUGUUGUGGAUAUAAAGUAGAAUUUCACACUGGAUCUAAUACGCAACCCGAAUCCGGAUAUAAAUAUUGGAAAGGUUGGCGAGUUCAUCAUGAUCAGUAAGGUCCACCUCGUCUUCACCAAACACGGAGCCUUCAUCGAGAUUCUCUCAAUCCUCAGCAAUUAAUAAUAUUACACAUCUAUGAAUUUUGAUUUGUAAUUCCAACCCGCUUCUUUU